AUUUCAGGGUUUCAGCUGCACUUAAUAUCAGACCAAGCUAAUCGAGAAGAAGUGGGAAAAAAAAAACCGAUCAGACCGGAUCAGACAUUAGUAACUGAACACAUAUCACCGCACUGAGCAAACAUGGCGGAUGACAAGGAUCCUUUGAAACAGCUGAAAGAUCUGACGCAGCUCAAAACCCAGUUGGAGGAAAUCCAGAGACGAGUAGAAAACCAGGUGUCUGUGGGGAUUCCUCAGGGUAGCACAGUUUUGGGAUCUCCAUUCCUGAAAGGCUUUCUGGCUGGCUAUGUGGUGGCCAAGCUCCGAUCCUCUGUCAUCCUGGGAGUGCUGCUGGGAACAAUCACUGGCCUGUAUGCGGCGCAAAACUAUCAAGUGCCUAACAUUGAAAGGACCGUAAAAGAUUGCAUGAACAACUUGAAAAAAGGACCAAAAUAAUGUGGGCAGACUGCUAAUCCUGCCAGUUACUGGAACAAGAGGACGAAAUACCGUUCAAGAGGCUAUCUUGUCGGAAGCUUGUAACAGAUCAGGCCUCAAGAUUUCUACUUACUGGACUACGGAUAUACUCGUGUAACAGUAAUCUCAUUGGGGACACAAAGUAAAAGACUGUCUUUUUUCUGAUUCAUUUUGGUUCCAGGUUCAUUUUAAUACUGCUCUGUUUCAUUUCAACCAGUAUCUCUUCAAUGUCAGCACAAAUGUAAGAUUUUGUGAAGACAAGGAUUGGUUUGGUCCAUCAGAUUUCAUAAAUUGUGAAGCUUU